AAUAAAAUAUUACUUAUACAUAAUAUUGAAAUAUGUAUAUAAUAUUGAAUUAAAUAUUAUAAAUAAAACAAAAUAUUAUUUUGCAAAAUAAUAAUUAUUUAUGAAUACAAUAAAUUUAUUAUUUCGUUUUCAUAGAAACAAAAAAUUUAUGAAAAAUUAGAAAAAUGGAGAGAAAAUCAUAAUAAAGAAGUAAUGGAAAUGGUUGAAAAAUGCCGUGAAAUCGAACAAGCUUCUCGUAUAGCUUUCAAUAUUAUGAUUGAUGAAAAAAAACAAAAAGCUGCAGAAGUUACCAAAGAAUCUCGGCAAUUGAAAACUCAAUUGAUAAAGCAGAGAGAGAAUGAAAUUCAAAGAAAAAUCAAAUUAAUCCAAGAGAUUAGAACAAUUCAAUCUUUACGAGAAUUACCCUUCAAGGAUUUUGAUCCAACUGAAACAAAUGGCUUCGGUCUUCUUUGCGAAAUGUCUUUGAUGGAAGUUCAUAUCAUUUCUAUUCAAUUAACAAUAUAAAAUAAUGAACUAUUAAUAUUUAUAUUAAGUUGAAGUUUAUUUUAAGAGAUUUUGUAUAAAUUUUUUAUUUUUCAAUAGUUUUUUGCAUAUAU